GAGUACAGAAAACGUUUUUACCGGGAACUGUCUGCCUUAGAGUUACAGUAAAGAUUUAAUGCAUUUUAAAACGCGGUUUAUUGUCAACGCAGCGGGGUUUUCAUAAGGGAGUAAGGGGUCUGCUUGCAGCUGCGACAUUGAACAGACAAUGAAUUCUCUGGCGCCGCUUUCUGAAACCGAGCGGCCGAAACACCGUCCUUUCCUGAUCGGGGUCAGCGGGGGGACAGCAAGUGGAAAGUCUACAGUAUGCGCGAAGAUCAUGGAGCUUCUGGGUCAGAACAAAGUGGACCACCGACAGAGAAAAGUGGCUAUCGUGAGCCAAGACAGUUUUUACCGAGUACUAACCCCGGAACAGAAAGCUAAAGCGUUGAAAGGACAAUACAACUUCGAUCAUCCAGAUGCAUUUGAUACUGAGUUGAUGCUACAGACGCUGAGAGACCUCGUAGAGGGGAAAGUGGUGGAAGUUCCCACAUAUGACUUUGUGACCCAUUCCAGGUUGUCAGAGAGAAUCCGCGUGUACCCUGCAGACGUGGUUCUGUUUGAGGGGAUCUUGGUUUUCUACACGCAGGACGUCAGGGACAUGUUCCACAUGAAACUGUUCGUCGACACAGACUCUGAUGUGCGGCUAUCACGCAGAGUUCUGAGAGAUAUAAACAGAGGUAGAGACUUGGAGCAGAUUCUCACACAGUACACCACCUUCGUCAAGCCAGCCUUCGAGGAAUUCUGCCUGCCGACAAAGAAACAUGCAGAUGUUAUCAUUCCUCGAGGAGUAGACAACAUGGUGGCUAUUAAUCUCAUAGUCCAGCACAUUCAGGAUAUUCUAAAUGGUGAAAUUUGUAAGUGGCCGCGAGGUUCUGUCCACAGCCAUGGCCCUGGACGGGCCUUAAAACGGGACUCAUCUCAGGGGGGGGACAAAGCCAUGGGGGUGGGGAACCCCCCAACAAAACGAGCCCUGCUGGAACCAAGCACCAGACCCCACUGAAACAUGUGUCUGCACACACACACACACACACACACAAAUAUACCCAUUUACACACAAACAUUGUGAUAUGCACAUUUACACAAACAAAUCCGAGUUUAUGAUAUAAGUCAUUAAAAUCCAGUCUUGCUCUUCUGCUACUUUGCUUAUUGGUCUUGAAGGGGUGGGAGCACAGGACGGAUUUGGAUUGGUUAGAAACUAGCCAAUGGUAACACAGAUGGAGUGGGAACAGCGAAAAGUAUUGGGGAUUUUCACAUAGUUUGUGAAGGGUUAUUUAACACAGAAAAUCGUAUGGGUAGCGCACAGACAUGCACAUCAGGUUAAAAGAAAAAGACCAACAAACCAAAAAAAACCAAAAAACAUAUAUACCACAACAACAGUUAGGAACCAUUCUUAGCAACCAAUGUGAAUAGGAUUUGACCGUUGGAAAAAGGAGACGGUAUGGGGAGGGGGUGCAGUUGAAAAAGAAAAGAGUUUGCUGCUAAGCUGGAUUCACUUCUUCCUUUUGGCCUCUUAAGUGGUCUGAGAGACCUAGGGAGUCAUGUCAAAUGACAAGUCUGUUCACUGUUCGGUUAAAUGACUGUUAAAUGACAUCUGUUCACCGUUUCAUUUGAAGUAGCAAGACCUUAGACUUCACGUUUUCCCGUUAUUUCCAAUAACAAAGAAGCUAUUGUUAGCAUCUUGAAUCUCACAGAGUGUUAAAAAGAUUACAAAAAAAGUGAACCUUACCUUGUAAUGUUAUGUAAAUGUUUUGAUUAUGAAUUUUGCCUUGUGAGUUUGACUUCUGCCUGAAUAUAUCACAUUUUGAUUGUAUAGUCUUUUAAUUCUGUUGAUGCAACAGGAGUAAAAUUAAGCUAAGAAUUAUGACAGAAUUAUGAAACGCUGUCAUUUUAAACUGCCUGAGGUCAAGUUAGCCAUGAGACAAUGCAAGUAGUUCUUAACCUGCUAGUGAGGAAUAUAAAAACAUAAAUGUUAUAUAAGUAUUAAUUUAAUCUUGAUCUGUCCUAAUGCAGCUCUAUUGUACUAUUUUUUCUGUUUGUAUUGAUAUUAUUCACAUUUGGAACAGUUUGUUUUUGUGGGUCUUUUCUAGGCUUUCACAAAUGUGGAUGUUCAGAGAAAUCAUGUUUCCUUUUGUAAUCCAUUAUUCUGAAAACGUU